ACCAGGAUUCGAAGGAAUGGGAAGAAGGGACGCUAGAGAACUAUGUCCAUCCUGGUGAUAUACCACUUAUUCGUAGUAUGGCCAUAAGCUCUACUCAUCGUCAAGAUUCUUUCUGUUGGGAAUACACGAGGAAUGGUCAUUACACAGUUAAGUCUGGAUACUGGGUUGCUCAAAAUCUGCUGAAGCCAGAUGAGGAAAAGCUGAUAGUGGAACCAAGUAUCACUAAACUUCAAGCCUUUGCUUGGAAGUUGAAAGCGCCUAGGAAGGUAUGUCAUUUAAUAUGGCAAUUGAUAACGGGUCAGGUGGCAGUAACAAGAAAUCUAGUGAGAAGAAAUAUGCGGUGUGACAACUACUGCCCGAGGUGUGGGGAGGCAGAGGAAUCUGUAACUCAUGCUAUAUUUGAAUGCCCUCCUGCUCUGCAAGCAUGGUCUUUAUCGACGACUCCAACAAGUCCAGGCAUAUUUCCAGCGUCAAGUGUCUAUACAAACAUGGACUAUCUAUUCUAGAGGAAAAAGAAUAUCAUAGCAUUAGACCAAGACAGGGAUCCUUAUCCCUGGAUAAUAUGGUAUAUAUGGAAGGCUCGGAAUGAUAAGCUCUUCAGGGGAAUAGACAGAGAUCCUUUGGAGCUAGUCCGAUAUGCAGAAAGCGAAUGCCAAGCCUGGUUUAGUGCAAACGAGUUGAUACCACCGGUAGUGCAAGACAACAACAAUGAGGAAAACCAAGUCUCAAGCUUGGGUAAUAUUUGCCUCCUGGAUGGAUCAUGGACAGCUUCCGAUAGCUUCAGUGGAUGCGGAUGGGCUUGGAUGGAUAGCGGGGAGAACAUACAACUGAUGGGUACACGGAACUUCACUCGAUGUGAAUCAGCAUUGCAUUCUGAGAUAGAAGCACUGCGCUGGGCGAUGGAGAACAUGCUUCAACACUCGCCAUGUCAGAGCUUUGGAACAGACUGGAAGGAACUGAUUGCUAUGAUAAAUGAACCCCAAAAAUGGCCAAGAUUUGCGACAGAAUUGGAGAAGAUAGAGACACUGCAGAUUUGCUUUCCGGACUUCAAAAUCAUACAUGUUCCACGAGUGCGCAAUCAGUUUUCGGACUUUUUAGCUAAGACUGCUAGGACAUUUCGGAGAGAGUUACUUUUUAUUGGUUGUUCUAUUCCGGUCUGGUUACCCAGACCACCUCAAGCUUGAGUAAUAGAAUGGCCGUUCGACGUCAAAAAAAAAAAAAAAAAACAAGCACAUAGAUCAAGCGAAAAAAAUGGGAGAGAUCAAAAGCGGCGAGAAAACGCGAGUUUUGGUGGUGGGAGCGACGGGUUACUUAGGGAAGAGAAUCGUAAGGGCGUUUUUGGCUGAAGGUCACGUGACCUACAUUUUGCAGCGGCCAGAGAUUAGUCUCGACAUCGAGAAAGUCCAACUCCUUCUCUCCUUCAAGAAACUCGGCGCUCGUCUCGUCGAAGCUUCUUUCUCCGACCACCAAAGCCUCGUAUCAGCCGUGAAACUCGUAGACGUCGUUGUCUCCACCAUUUCUGGGGUUCACUUCCGUAGCCAUAACAUCCUUGUCCAGCUCAAGCUUGUUGAAGCCAUCAAAGAAGCUGGUAAUGUCAAGCGCUUUUUACCAUCUGAAUUUGGUAUGGAUCCAUCACGCAUGGGACAUGCGUUACCGCCGGGAAGAGAAACGUUCGAGCAAAAAAUGGAAGUUCGUCAGGCUACUGAAGCUGCCGGAAUACCUUACACUUACGUUGUUGGCGCUUGCUUCGCCGCAUAUUUUACUGGAAACCUAUCUCAGAUGGAAACGUUACUCCCUCCAAAAAAUGAAGUUAAUAUAUACGGAGAUGGUAAUGUAAAAGUGGUGUUUGCGGAUGAAGAUGAUAUUGCGAACUACACUUCCAAAACUCUAAACGACCCACGAACUUUGAACAAAACCGUGUAUGUCAGGCCUCCGAAUAACGUUCUCACGCAUAUUGAAUUGGUUCAGAUUUGGGAAAACCUAACCGGAAAUGAAUUGGAGAAAACCAAUAUUACUGCAAAAGACUUCCUUUCCAACAUUGAACACAUGGAGAUUCCACAGCAAGCGGGGAUAGGACAUUUUUAUCACAUUUUCUAUGAAGGAUGUCUCACUGAUCAUGAAGUGGGAGAAGAUGAAGAAGCAUCAAGUCUCUAUCCGGAUGUGAAAUACAAGCGCAUGGAUGAUUACUUAAGAAUGUUCCUCCGACAAUAUUUUGGUUAUAUCAGCACAUCUAUGAUAAUGUAUGCAUAUCAUAAGUUUGAAAUAUUUAUUCACGUUCAUGUUUUUUGA